CAUUUCUUGGAGCCUGUCUUCAUCCGAAGAGAAAAGAGUUAGAGGAUCGGUGUAUGUCGCCAACUCUGAUGUUGCUGUGGACAUUUUAACGGAUUCAGAGAGGUGAAUUGUCCAACUCUAGCUGAGACCCUCUCAGCGGUGGAGGAUAGGACGGCAUAACGGCCGUUCUGUGACCAAAAACUAACCGACGUCAGCGAGAAAUUCGUCCCAAUGCCGUCAGAACGCAAGGGGGAUUGCAGUUGUGCGCCGUGCGCCGAGAAACAAGACGUGAAAAACCGUAGUGCUUUCAAAACUUACAGAAAUCACAAAGCCAUGAAGUCAUGGCUCUUACUCUGUGUAGUUAGCGUAUUUAUAUCAAGCUCAGUUCAAGUUCAUGCCCAAGACUUAAAAGAAUGUGGAGCCAACUGCCAGACAAAUAAUGGAUGUAAAUGUGUGGGUGAAAAGGGGUCUAGGGGUGUUCCCGGAGCACUGGGACCCCCAGGACCUCAGGGUCUCAGGGGUUACCCCGGCAUGGAAGGACUUCCCGGACAAAAAGGUCAGAAAGGUGAAUCAGGCCCAUUAGGACCUCUUGGACCAAAGGGAGACAGAGGAAAAAUGGGAAUGCCUGGGUUUCCUGGUAUCAAUGGAAUUCCGGGUAUCCCUGGACCCCCUGGACCUAGAGGACCUGCUGGUAUGGAUGGAUGCAAUGGAACACAGGGAGAACCCGGUAUUCCUGGGUUUAACGGUCAGCCUGGUGCAAUAGGACCUCCCGGUCUCCCCGGUACCAAAGGUGAAAAAGGAGAGCCCUCUGUAGGAGUCGCCAUCAAAGGUCAAAAGGGAGAACCUGGAAUUGAAGGAUUUCAAGGUUUGCAGGGUCCCCCUGGAAGAGAUGGACCAUCUGGAUUACCUGGACUAACUGGUCCUGAAGGCCCAAGGGGAUACGAUGGACUGAUUGGUAUGAAGGGAGAGGCAGGAAAUCCUGGUCUUGGCAAAAACGGACAAAAAGGAGACCAAGGAGAACCAGGAAGUCCAGGUCCCCCCGGCCCCCCCUGUGAUUCUACCAAGGAGGAGCUGCAACAAGGCAACUUGACCCAAACAGGACCCAAAGGAAACAAAGGAGAGAGGGGUUAUUCUGGACGAGAUGGAUUACCAGGAUCUGAAGGUCAAAAGGGAGAGCAAGGAUUUCCUGGUAUGAAAGGACCCCCAGGAAUGGAUGGAGAGAAGGGUGUGCCUGGUAUCGCUGGUCCAAGAGGAAAACAAGGAUUACCUGGUCUACCUGGAUUACCUGGAUUAAAGGGUGACCGUGGAAUGGAUGGGCUACCUGGAUUAAAUGGAAUUCAAGGUGAAAAGGGCAACCCUGGUGUACCUGGUGUGAAAGGAGAGAAGGGAUACCAAGGUCCCCCGGGACCUAGUGGGGGAGAAGGUGGAGAUGGUCCUGAAGGUCCCAAGGGUGAACGAGGUCCCUCUGGAGAAAGAGGUUACCCUGGGCUGGAUGGACUUAUGGGAUUGCCUGGAUCCCCUGGACGACCCGGACCUCAAGGAGGUCCAGGAACUCAGGGACUUCCUGGACCGGAAGGACCACCCGGACCCAAGGGAAACAAAGGAGAUAAAGGAAAUUCUGGUUUACCUGGAAUUGAUGGUUUAUCAGGCCAGCCUGGCUUACCUGGAGAAAAAGGUAAUCCCGGACCGAAAGGAAACGCUGGAGUGUCAAUCCCAGGUGUAAAAGGAGCUAAUGGUCUGCCUGGUCGUGAUGGAUUACCCGGAAGGAAAGGAGAGACCGGAUUUAGAGGACUCCCUGGAAUUCCAGGAAACUCCACCAUGGGGCGCCCUGGACUUCCUGGACCAAAAGGAAGUAAAGGGAAUUCUGGAUUUCCUGGGGUGAGCGGUCGUGAGGGUCUCCCAGGUCUUCCUGGAGCGAAAGGUGAUAGAGGAGGCUCCUGUAGGGAUUGUUUACCUGGACUCAAAGGAGAGAAAGGAACAUCUGGACAGCCCGGUACCCCUGGAAUCCCCGGGGAGAUUGGGCGCACUGGGGCUAAGGGUGAACCCGGACUUCGUGGAGACGAUGGUAUACCUGGAUUCAGUGGACAGCGAGGAGAACCAGGUCUUCCUGGUGUACCCGGUCGUGAUGGAUUUAAAGGAGACAAGGGAGAACCAUACAAGCUGGAGUCCGAAAGUUUUAAAGAUAUGUGUAGGAAAGGGGAGCCAGGUCUACCUGGACCUCCAGGUGAGCAGGGCCUUAACGGACUUCCAGGUCCCCAGGGACCUCGAGGAAUAGAUGGUUCACCAGGACUACCAGGACAAAAGGGAGACAGAGGUGUUGACGGAAGAGACGGAAUCCCUGGAAACCCUGGACUCCCGGGACUCAUUGGUCCCAAAGGAAACCCAGGAAUCGGUCUUCCUGGAAUUCCUGGAGAAAGAGGCAUACCUGGAGAUAAUGGACUUCCUGGAUUGAACGGCAUGAAGGGAGAUAAGGGUAUACCUGGUGAGACCAUCAACGUUAAUGUCGAUCUUCUGAAGGGAACCAAGGGUGAGCCAGGAUUCCCUGGAAACCCCGGAAUUCCUGGAAGAGACGGACUACCUGGACUUAAAGGAGACAGAGGUGAACCUGGCCUACCAGGAGUUAAUGGUCUACCUGGAAUGAAGGGCGAGCGAGGAUUUGAUGGUAUUCCUGGGGAGGCAGGACCAAGAGGACUUCCUGGUCCUAGAGGUGAUAGAGGCUCUGAUGGACCAUCAGGAUCUCCAGGGUUUGACGGACGACCUGGAGAACCAGGACCUCAAGGAUUACCUGGAGUCAAAGGAGAUUCUGGACAGCCAGGAAGAGACGGACGUUCUUCAAUUGGAGAGAAAGGAGAUUCAGGAUUACCUGGGCGCCCCGGACUUCAAGGUCAGCCAGGUCUCCCCGGACAGGAUGGGGUUCCCGGACAAGAUGGUCUGCCAGGAAUGAAGGGAGACACUGGUCCCUCUGGACUUUCAGGCCUGCCCGGAUCCCCGGGAUUAAAGGGUGAACCAGGAGUUGAGGGACCUGAAGGAACCAGGGGAGCCCCUGGAGAGGACGGUCGUCCCGGACUACCAGGUGUGGUUGGAGCUAAAGGAACACCUGGGCUCCCUGGAGCAGAUGGCUUAUCAGGUAUUCCAGGAGAGAGAGGAGAGUCAGGCUUCCCCGGACAACCCGGUGCCCCCGGACUGGACGGUCCCCAGGGACCUCCCGGACUCCCAGGGGAGCGAGGCAGAGACGGAUCCCCAGGUCCUAAGGGAGAGCCAGGCUUUGUGGGAAUUCCAGGGGAGCCUGGACGAGAUGGAAAUGAUGGACUUCCUGGACUGCAAGGAAUGAAGGGUGAAAGGGGAUUCCCAGGGAUCCCUGGCGAGCAGGGACGUAGUGGUGAACCAGGACAAAAGGGUGACACUGGCCCCAGCGGUCUGCCUGGAUUACAAGGUGUCCCCGGAAAUGACGGACUUCCCGGAGUUAAAGGAGAGUCUGGUCGCCCGGGAUCCCCAGGAUCUUCGGGACUACCAGGACAGGACGGACUCCCAGGACUACCUGGAAUGAAGGGAGAUCAAGGGCCCGCAGGUGUGGGUAUCCCCGGUGAGUCAGGUAUCCCAGGUGAGAGAGGACGUGAUGGAGCCCCUGGUUUACCUGGAAUGAAGGGAGAACCAGGACAGCAAGGACUCCCGGGAUUCCCUGGCAUGAAGGGAGAGAGGGGUUUCCCUGGACCAGCAGGACAGAAUGGUAUUCCAGGAAAUGAUGGACUCCCAGGAAUGAAAGGAAAUCCUGGUUUGAAUGGUGUUCCAGGUAGAGCUGGAUUGAAGGGUGAACCUGGUCUUAAUGGAAUCCCGGGCCGUGAAGGGCCUAAGGGUGAGGCAGGGUUACCUGGUGUGCCCGGUGAACGCGGCCCAGAGGGUCUGAAGGGAGAACCAGGUCUCAACGGCCUGCCAGGCUCACCCGGCGUAGCUGGAUUACCUGGAAUGAAGGGAGAUCGUGGCAGGGAUGGAGUGAACGGCUUACCUGGACCUAAAGGAGAUUCUGGAUUGCCUGGAAGAGAUGGCAUUAAGGGUGAACGGGGAUCCCCUGGUUUCCCAGGCCCAGAGGGAAGAGAGGGCUUACCGGGCAUGAAAGGAGAAAGAGGACCUGAGGGACCAUUUGGAGUGAAGGGAGAGCCAGGUCGUUCCAUUCAAGGAAUCAAGGGAGAACCAGGAAUACCUGGAGAACAGGGUCGGGAUGGAUUCCCAGGAAUGAAGGGAAAUGCUGGUUUGCCUGGACAGCCAGGAUUACCAGGAAUGAAAGGAGACCAAGGACUAGGAUACCCUGGGCCUCAGGGUCCAAAGGGAGACAGUGGAUUUAAUGGAAUCCCAGGUGAACAGGGAUUGACUGGUGUUCCCGGAGAACCAGGACAACCCGGAUUCCCUGGUCUAAAGGGAGAUUCCGGAGAUAGAGGUGUGCCCGGUCUUCCAGGAUUACAAGGCAUGCCAGGUCCUGAAGGACCUCAAGGUGAGCCAGGCGUCCCAGGAUCACCUGGAUUGCCAGGUCUUAAGGGAGAUGCUGGACUUCCAGGACGUGAUGGAUUUGAGGGAAUAAAAGGAGAGAGAGGACCAUCUGGAUUACCUGGAGUAAGGGGAUUGAAAGGUGAUAGAGGUUUCCCUGGAGAGAAAGGUUCAAUUGGACCACAAGCAAGCACUAAGGGCAUGAGAAUAAAGGGAGAGAAGGGCGAGACUGGGGAUAGAGGCAGAGCGGGAUUCCCCGGACUUCCUGGAAGCAAGGGUGAUGCAGGUUUCCCAGGUCCUAAGGGUUUCCCUGGUAUUCCUGGAGAGAGGGGUGUGCAAGGAUUCCCAGGAAUGAAGGGAGAGUCAGGAUUCCCCGGACAGCCAGGCAUUCCCGGAGAAGAUGGUUUCCCAGGUGCCCAGGGAGCUACUGGAGACCCAGGAUUCCCCGGGCCCCCAGGCAGGACCCCACCCUCAGGUUUCUUGGUCGUGCGCCACAGUCAGACCGAGUCGGAACCAGAGUGCCCUGACAGUACAAGUCGCCUCUGGACUGGUUACAGCUUGCUGUAUAUUGAAGGAAAUGAGAGAUCUCACCAUCAAGACUUGGGCUGGGCUGGCUCCUGUAUGCAGAGAUUUAGUACAAUGCCAUUCCUCUUCUGUAACUCCAACAAUGUUUGUAAUUACGCAAGUCGAAACGACAAAUCCUAUUGGCUCUCCACCAACGAACCCAUGCCCAUGAUGCCAGUCCGCGACCCAGAACUGAGGCGAUUCAUCAGUCGUUGUGUGGUCUGCGAUGCCCCCGCCAAUGUCAUCGCUGUCCACAGUCAGGAAAUGUCUAUCCCUGAGUGUCCCAUUGGCUGGAAGGGACUCUGGAUUGGAUACAGUUUUGCUAUGCAUACCGGUGCAGGUCCAAGCGGUGGGGGACAGUCCCUGUCCAGCCCUGGAAGCUGUCUGGAAGACUUCAGGGCCACACCCUUCAUUGAGUGCAACGGCAGCGGCGGUACCUGCCACUUCUAUGCCAACAAGUACAGCUUCUGGCUGACUACCAUUGAUCAGAGCCAGAACCAGUUUGCAACUCCGGUUCAAGAAACACUGAAGGCUGGCAACCAGAGGACGAGAGUGUCUAGAUGCCAGGUCUGCAUGAAAACCACAAGACCUUAAUUCUCAAUACAAACUCUCUAAUAAAUAAAAACAAAACCCUUUAUUUUAUCAAUUUUUUUUUCUCAUGAUGACAUUUUAUGAGCAGCUUUGUUGUAAUCUCUUUUUUUGACCUGAUUUUUAAGGGUCAUGUUAAGUGUGCAAUGAAAAAAGUUAUGUUGUAGAAUUAACAAGCAUUGGCAAACCACAAAGUGCCUUAUACAGAACUGUGCAAUUAAGCCAUGUUUACUAUGCAAUGAUUAAUGUUUUUUAUAUAUAUAAUUAUGUAUCUUUGUAUCUGUCUCCUGUCUAGGAUGUAAAUGAUUGCACCGUUUCAUGUCCUUGUGUGUCUAUAUAUACAAGAGGUUGUAUGGAAUCCAUGUUUUUUCUCUGUAUUUUGUUUAUGAACUGCUUUUAUAUAUAUCAAAUUAAGUAUUAUCAGAUAAGAAAUAUUACAGGCACUGAAGAGAAGGGAUGAAUUUUAAAAUUGUAGCAGUUUUACGCCUGUCACUGUUUCUUGCGCUUUGCUUCAAUGACUAAAAAUAGUGAUGAUGUAAUACUCAAUUUCUGUCAGGAAUCUCUGUUUCUUUUUCUGCUCAGACAAAUGUGUGAAUGGGAGAUGUGGCGAUGCACUGGGAUUAUGUUAAUUCAUUAUUGUAAAUGCAUUUAUCACAUCCUGUAGAUAAUGACAUCAUUCAAGACAAUCAUAAUUCCAUCUUUGAUUCCCCCAAUGAUUCUAGCCAAUCAUGAUAUGUGAAACAAAGCACACAAAGGCUUUACACAAUAAUUCUGUGACGGCUAUUCUGAUUGGACAGUGAUCAUUGGGCUUGAAUGAAUGAUUUUACUUGGUAGAUGAUGAACAAAAUUAAUGUGUGUUAAAAUGAAUAUAUGUAUUUUUUUUUCAUAUUAACUCCAUGGCGAGUUCAUAGAUGAAAGAAGGUCAAUAAAUGCAAAUUUUUAACAACCUUUUUGGGCAUGAUCAAAAUUAUGAAUUAAUUUUUUUUUGCAUAUUUCAAUGUUCAUGGCAUUAAAGCUAAUUCUUUUAAAAAUAAAGUUUCUAAGAAAAAUAUAA